UGAAUCCACCGGUGAAUCUAUCACUCCGCCACAGUCAGUGCCCCUAUAUAGCUCCACCGCUGCAUCCAUGUGUUCGAGUCUGUAUACCUGUCAGCAGUCACGCUACCACCGUGAUCGAUCGUGUCACACAGUUCCUCCCAGAUCCCUCUCUCGGUUAGGAGUAGGAGCUAGUAGGCGGGCAGCAGGCUAUGGAGUCUGAGUCGUCGGCGGCCAUGGCGAUGGAGGAGCCGGGCGCCGUCGUCAACGGCAGCACCGUGGUGAGCUGGGUGGCGUCCGGGGUGGUGCUGUGGUCGACCGCCUUCUUGCUGGUGCGGGCACUGUUCCCCAAGCGCUCCUACGACUUCUGCAACCGCGCCGUCUCCACCAUGCACGCCGUCGCCGCCGUCUGCCUCGCCUGCCUCUCCGUCGCCGACUGGUCCUGCCCCGUCUGCCCGCUCGCCGCCGCAUCCUCCCCGCGCCAGAUGAAGGCGCUGGCGGUUACGCUCUCGUACAUGGUGUACGACGCGGCGUGCUGCCACUUCAACGGCGACACGCGGCUGGACAACAUCGUGCACCACCUCGUCAGCAUCGUCGGCAUCGGCGCCGGCCUCGCCUACCAGAGGUGCGGGACGGAGGAGGUGGCGUGCCUGUUCGUCACGGAGAUCUCGAGCCCGCUGCUGCACCUCCGGGAGAUGCUCAAGGAGUUCGGCGUCCGGGACACCGACCUCAACCUCCUCGUCGACGUGCUCUUCGCCGUCACCUUCUCCGUCGCCCGGAUGGGCGCCGGGCCCUACAUCACCUACGUCACUGUGACGGCCGACAACCCCGUCCUCAUCAAGGCCAUGGCGUCGGGGCUGCAGCUGGUGAGCGCCUACUGGUUCCUGCGGAUCCUCAGGAUGGUCAGGUACAAGCUCGGCAAGAAGAAGCAGCCGCUGCCACCACCGCCGGCCAAGCUCGCCGCCGCCGCCAACUGAUGUCAAGUGACCGCGCCGGCGGCGACCUUCACGAGCUACGUAUAUUGUUAUUGUAUUCAAAAAGGCCCAAGCUGACAACGGAAGGGAGUUGAACUCGAUCGAGACCGCGUUGUUCUUGCCUCUGAUGAAGAAAUUUCCAUUGGCAAGGAUGUCAGCAAAGGGGCGUGCAUGUACUCUAGCAACUGUUAUUAGCGUACCAAUUGUGCAAUGAAUUCUGCUGAAUCUAGCAGCUGCACCGCAAACAAAGUACUGUACAGCAGUAAAUCGAUUGAUGUGUUGCACUGUAACCA